UGUAUUGUUUCUCGCAGAGAAUGAGAGUGUCAACGCAGAACAAUGUUUCCGUGCGACACGGUCCUGAGGCCAAGCGGUGCGGACACUUGAUAAAAGAACGCUCCACGCCACGUCACAUGUCACACUGUACUGUGCGCGUCUACGACUGUUUUGCUAACAAGAUGGCGGCAGUGCGGGGAUUCGGAACAGUUCUGCUGCUCUGUGUGGUCGUGGCUGAGGUCGCCAUGCUGGCGACUGAGGUGUACGACGGGACGGCCACGAGGACUCGUGGACAGGGACGGGCACCCAACGGAAGACGGAGACAGCAGGUCUUAAAGGAGCAGAACAGAGCCGUGUCUUUCGUCCAGACAGCUCGAAGGAGACGGCCAGGUGUAGGACUCAAGCCUGAACUGAACGAGACGCUCGGACCCACAACUGUUGAGCGCGACGGGAGAUUUUUAGCCACAUGUGGUCAGAAUACCAAGGAGAACUGCACCUACUUCGUAAACCAAGGUUACCCGGGACCCUAUGAUGGUACGGGAUCCUGUCAACUUACUAUCAACAAGGCACAUCCUGACAUCUGUCAGUUCAGGUAG